AUGAAUAAUAAUCAAAUCUUGAAGAAAACAACAAUUCAAAAAUUUUAUACUGGCCAGAGUAUUUUUAUAACAGGUGGUACUGGGUUCCUUGGUAAAGUUCUUGUUGAAAAGUUACUGAGAAGCUGUGAUGUAUCUAAAAUUUAUUUGCUGAUUAGAUCAAAAAAGGGAAUAAACAUCAAUGAUCGUCUUGAUAAUUUAUUCAACGAUCCGUUAUUUGAAAGUGUAAAAAAAAAUUCACCUGAAUUUCGAAAUAAAAUUGUACCAGUUGCUGGUGAUGUUGGAGAAAUUGAUCUUGGAUUAUCACAUGAGGAUCGUGAACUUUUAAUUCAAGAAGUAUCAAUUGUCUUUCACUCAGCAGCAACAGUAAGAUUUGAUGAGAAAUUAAAAAUUGCAAUGUUAUUAAAUACUGGUGGUACAUUGGAAGUAUUGAAACUUGUUAAUGAAAUGAAGAAAUUAAAGGUCAUGGUUCAUGUAUCAACUGCAUAUUCAAAUUGUCACGAGGACAUUAUUGAGGAAAAAAUUUAUCCUCAUCCUAUUGAGUAUGAAAAUUUUAAAAUUGUAGCUGAGACUCUGUCAGAUGAAGCGAUUGACGAUGCUCUACCAAGAAUCCUUAAAAAUUGGCCAAACACGUACACAUUUACAAAAGCCCUGACAGAAAAAUGCAUCAAACAAAUGAGUUGUAAUAAACCAGUUGGUAUCUUUAGACCAGGAAUAAUAAUAUCGGUUGCUGAGGAGCCAUUACCAGGUUGGAUUGAUAAUUACUAUGGACCAACUGGUGGUGCCAUGGCAUCUUCAUUAGGAAUUUUAAAAACAGCACUAGCAGAUCCAAAUGUUAAAGCAAAUUUAGUACCAGUUGAUUACACAGUUAAUGCAUUGAUUGCAUGUGCUUGGGAUAUUGCAACACAAACAACAAGACGCAAUGAUGACAUGUUGAUAUACAAUUAUGUAUCGACAAAUGAUGCACCAGUUACUUGGAAUGAGUUUAGUGUUAAUUAUUGUCUUAAGUAUGGUCACGAAUAUCCAGUUUUACAAACAAAAUGGUACAUUACAUUUUCAAUUACCAAAAGCAGACUGGCAUUCAAAUUAUCAAUGAUUUUUUUACAUUUUUUACCGGCUUUAUUGGUGGAUUCAAUAUUUUUAUGCACCGGACAAAAACCAAAAUUAUACAAAAUGUUUAGUAAGAUAUUCAAAUACUUGGAAGUUUUGACAGAUUUUACAAUGAGAGAUUGGGAUUGGAAAACUAAUAAUGUACCGUUAAUGUGGAAACGGCUUGAUCAAGAAGAUAAAAAAAUAUUCAAAUUUUCAUUAACUGGAUUUAAUUGGAAAGAAUACAGUAGAAAUUAUAUAAUGGGAAUUAAAAUUUAUUUAUUCAAAGAGGGAUUGAAUACUUUGGAAGCAAGCAAAAAACGACAAACAAGGUCAAUUUUAUAUACUAUAAUUUUAAUUUUAGUUUUGCGAUAAAUUUAAUUUUUUUUUUCACACAAGAAAUAAUUUAUUUAUCCAAGAUAUUGCAUAAUUUAUAAAUAAAUUUUCUUUUUUUUUUUUCAGAUUUCGUAUUAUUCAUGAAACAACAAAAAUGAUUCUUGUUAUUAUUUUUAUUGCUUCACUUUGGAAAAUAUUUCAAAUAAUAUUUUAAUAUAAAAUUCUUCUUUUUUUUUUACUUCAAUGUAUAAAAAAAGUUCAAUGAUUAUCUCGGUAAUUUUAGAAACUUAAUAUGUUAUUUAGAAUAAUUAUCUCGUUGAUUUUCAUGAUAAAAUUUUGUUGAUUAAUUAUAAAUAAUUAAAUCUUUCAUCAGAUAAUAAAUUUAUAUAUUUUAUAAAAUAACCUGACUGUCAUACGUCAAAGGAAAAUCAAUUGAAAAUAAAAUUAUCAUAAUUUAAAUAAUUAUUCGCACAAUAUUUUUUCAAUUACAAAAAAAAAAAAAUUAUAAAAACAAUUUUAAUAAUUACAAUUCAAGUAAAAAAUCUUGAAUAUUAAAAUAAUUUUUUAGCCUUGUUUUUAUUGUAAAUGAUGCAGACAAGAAAUUAUAAAAUACCGGAAAUAAAUAUCAAUGGAAAAAAAAAA